GGGUCUUCUUUCACAGAAGCAAUGCAAGAGUCUUGCAGCGAGGACACACUAGCAUAAUUUCAUACACACCCGUAGAAGACUGGACACUGGUGGAGCUUGGCUUUAAGCUCAGUCGUUGAGCAGAACAGGUGCUCUCACCGCUGUGUUGCAGCCCUGGCCACACUGGUUGGGGCUGAUGGGAUUUGGAGUCCCAACAACAUCCGGACGGCUCCAUUUCUUCACCCUUGCCUUAGUAUUAAGCCUGUAUUUAUUGUGGUGAGAUUUCCUUCCCUGGAGCAGAUGAGCCUUUUCCACAGGAAAUGGUGGUAGUCUUGUGCAAGAUUGUCUUCAACUCUCUGUUUUCGCACUUCUGCUAUACUUGUUCUCUCUCCAAGACCUAAAAACUGAUAUUCCCUCUGGGAGGCUUCUGCAUCCAUAAGGAGAUGGAAUGCUAUUAAGCAUCUGAUUUCUUGAACUGUGGGGGAGACUGAAGAGGAAAGUACGCUGCAAACAUUGUCUGCAGUGUAGAAGGUGAACCCUGAAGGUGCUUUCAGGACAGCUUAGAGAAUGAGUACGUGUUGUUGGUGCACCCCUGGUGGUUCAGUUGCCAUCUUGUUAAAAAGCUAUGCCUCCCGUAUGUUGCCCGAAAAGGAAUCUGAUGCAGCCAGUGAUGACCUCUGCUGUUGCCUGGAGUGUGUGGAUGUGUACCAUAAAGCAAGGGAUGAGUUGCCAUUGUUCCAUGAGAUUCUGUGGGAGGUUGAAACUACUCGACUUAUUAAACACUUUGAAAAACGGAUGAAGGAGGCAGAUGACCUUUACAUCGUGGAAGAAGACAGUGAAACGCCACUGUCCUGUUACACGGGUCCUGACUUCGAGAAGCACCUCAGGGUGCCAUUGCUGGAAGUACUGAAGUACCCCUAUCUGCUGCUUCAUGAACGUCUCAGUGAGCUGUGUAUCGAGGCUCUUUGCAAGAUGGAGCAAACCAACUACUCCUAUCAGGUAGUUGACAAACAUCCGGGGAUCUACCUGCUCAUGGUACACCCUAAUGAAGUGAUCCGUCGGUGGGCCAUCCAGGCGGCCAGGAGCCUAGGGAAGGUGGACAGAGAUGACUACUAUGACAUCCAGGAGGUGCUGACUUGCUUGUUCAAAGUCAUAGAGCUGGGCCUCAUUGAGAAUCCUGAAAUUUAUAACUCAUCAGUGGUUGAGAAGGGGAAGCUCAUCCUGUUGCCAUCCCACCUGUACGAUUCCACCAAUUACAAAAACUACUGGCUUGGUAUCUGCAUGUUGUUAAUGGUGCUGGAAGAACAAGCUAUGGAUUCGUUGCUGCUCGGUCCAGACAAGCAGAAUGACUUCAUGCAAUCCAUAAUGAACACCAUGAAGAGUAAAAAAGAUGAUGAAAGUAACAAUCCUUUCUGGCCUGCACUCCACUGUUUCAUGGUGAUCUUGGAUAAGCUUGGGUCCAAAGUGUGGGGUCAGCUCAUUGAUCCAAUCGAGGCAUUUCAAACUAUUAUCAACAAUGAAAGUUACAAGAAAGAAUUAGAGAGUGUUCGCCAAAGUUGCAGGAGGACUAAAUCUGAACCUCUGUCAGACUACGGAGAUGAAACUAUUACCUGCAGCCAACUGGUGUAUAACUACCACAUAGAAAAGCCCCACAAGGGUGCUGGGCGAAGGUCUGCCAUUUGUCCCGAUUACUGCCCCAACUUGUAUGAAGAUAUGCAGACACUGACUGACAUGUUCCAGUUUGACAUUGGCCGAGACAUGCGGUUGCACAACAGCACAUUUCUGUGGUUCAUCCCUUUUGUCCACUCUCUUAUGGACCUCAAGGACUUGGGAGUUUUUUAUAGCUUAGAGGUCAUCCGCCACCUGUGCUCGGAAAUCAAAGAGGUCCUCAACGACUCUGUUCAGUUUUGUGACAAAGUGUCCGAAUUCUUCAUCUGGAUCCUGGUGACUGUGUUGGAGCUCCACCUUAAGAAAAAUUGCCUGCGUUCUUUGUGGGUCAGCUCAGAGAAGUGGGUGGGGGCGGUGGUGAAUUGCGCCAAGCUCCCAAGUGCAGUGUUCGCGCAUGGUGCCGAGAGGGGGAAAGCCAGGAACUACUUAAAAAGCACAGCAGCGGCAUCAUCUCGGGAGCACGAGUCGAUACAGUCUGCCUGCAUGAGGCUGAUACGUAACAUCCUGAAGGAGGGCUGCCAGGUAGGGCAGGCACUUGUUUGUAAGCCGUACCUCGACAAACUGAACUUGCAUCGGCGCAGCCACACGCACUGGGAGCUGAGUCCCCAGGAGGCGCAGGAACUGAAGGCGUCCCUGAAGCAGAUUGUACGAAGCAUGUGGAGCAAAUCGUUUAAUCCUUCCUCCCACGUGGAAAGCCCUGCUGCUGUUUGUAUAACUCCGCCCCCUCUGUCGAUAAAGCAAGAAAGGCAGGAAGACAGGUGUCCAGUGAAUACCCACGAUGAGCAUCCACCCUACUUGUCACUGGCAGGGAAGGAUGAAGCCUAUCAAGAAGGCCCAUCAUCCAGAAGAAGCUGUGGUUUGGGUGAGGAGCGUUGGGAGGACUCUUCUAAAGACCCAAGUCUUCAAAGAACCUCUGGGUGCUAUUUGACCAGCAUUAAACAAGAACUCAAAGAGAGUUCAGUACAGGAAGGCAGUAAUUUGAGCUUCUUGUUAGCAAACAGACACAUGGAUGCCCAGAAAAAAGCAAGCUGUUGCCAAGUGCUGGGGGACCAGAAGAAAUGGGAUUCCACCAACAAAAGCUGUCCUGACCCAGGUUUCCAGAACCGAGAGACCAACUAUGUCAGUGAGAAGGAGGAGAGGCCCACAGAGUCCAGAUUUCUGGCUGACAAGAGCAUUGAUGACAGGAAAGGCAGCCAUACAAGCAAAAUCACAUCUCAGAAACCUGACUUGACCCUGAAAUUAAAACAGCUCGUUGAAAACAGGAGGAGGAGAAGUAUCCUGUUGGAGAUGGGAGCAGACAAACAGCAGUCAGUCAAAGACCGAAGCAAGAGCCAGGAAGGGCAAAAGAGUGAAAUCAUUGCCAGCAGAAACACGCCAGUUGUGUCACUCUGCAAAUCCGAGGCCAGCUCAAGCGAUGCUUUUGUUAGCAAGUUACUCUUCACAGAAAAGGAAUCCAAGGACAGGCUGGCAGAAUUUAGGAAAGGAGAGCAAGACUCAGAAGGAAGUAGCACGGACGACGAGAUGGCCAACGUACCGUUUGAGAAGAUCAGGCAGGAGCUGGUGAAAAAGAAAGCAGCAGAAGUUGCUGCUGCUGCUGCAGCCAGCCCAGAGACAGAUUCUCAGAUUGACCGAGACCUCAGUAAAUUGUCCAUGGCUGCUUACGCCAAAGGAACCAGUUUUCCCGUUGACUCGAGCCAAGAAGAUGGCAUGCAUUUCCAGAACCGCAUAAAAAGGAAAGUUAAAGGCACUGCUCGAUCUUGGUCUGCCAACGAGGGCAACGAGUGGUCAUCUGAUACAGACAGUCUCUCAAACCAAGUCAUUAUUAUAUCUGACACUUCUUCAGAUGAGGAUGAAAACAAAGUCAACGGGGGAGAAAGGAGAAAAGGGGAAGUGGUGGCAUGCCUUGAGAAGCGGUCCAGUGCCCAGGGGCAAGAACCACUGACUAUCUCAAACCCCACACUGCUGUAUGAGGAAUGCGAGUCCCAGUUGUUUGAGUUUGAAACUGAAGAGGAGAUUCACUCUGAAUGGCAAGAUAGCCAAAUGGAGGAGAAGGCAAUGCAGCGAAGAGGCCUUUCAACAAAGACGAGCAACUGCCCUACAGCACAUGACUUAGAGCUUGUGAAGCAAAUAAAUGACUGGGGUUACGAUACAGACUAUCUGGGGAAUGAUAUCACUGAAAAAGCAGCAGAGGAUCUUGAGCACCAGGUAAAAGAUAGUAAAACUAAAGCAAAGCCUGAUGCAUUGGCUCGCAAAGAGUGGGUUGGCGAGGGAAACCCCAUGGUUUGCUCAGAUGUCACAGAGGCACGUGCUUACGGUGGAGAACGUGCCACACGCAUAGAUCCAGUUCUGCCCUGCGUGCCAGCAUCUGCUCGUCAUUCAGGGUCAACAUCUGUUGUCAAAGAGUCCACUGCUAGGCCAAGAAAUUGCUCAGCGAAAUCUCAGCAGAUUAAAACUGCUAAGGAAAGUCCCAAGAAAGGAAGUGUUAAGCCAUACGAGCACAAUAAAAAAUCACUGCAAGCAAAACCGGCCAGAUCAACUCCUGCUGUGGUCCCGCCAAACAAAGUCCACCGUUUUCCUGCCCCGACAUCGGUGACGGAACAACUUAGCCUGAAGAAGAAAGUUCGUAGAGCAGCUGAACUAUCUCAGCGUACACAGGACAGCAUUGCUAAGUUGCGCAGUUAUGGCAAAAUUGCGGGUGAGGUGGAUGUUCCACAGCAAAGAAGGAAGUCGCAAUUAAUAAAGGCUCAGCGUCUGAAUAUGCGAAAUAAGAAAAUGUUGGCCUGCCAAGAGCGUCAGUUCUACAGGCAGAUGAGACCCAAAGAGAGAGAGAAGGAUCGAUGUGCGCAUGGAGGCGAUCCUGAGGCUCAAUCAGCAACAGGAGGCAAGGCAGGCCCAAAGCCUGCCAGCAUGGUGGUGAUUGAAAAUGAGGAAGAAAGGUCUGACCGCUUGAGUAAUUCUUCUGGCAAUGAGAGACAACUGUUGAGGCAAAGUUCACUAGAGAGAGGGGAAGUCCAAUCCACACCUGUCUCUCCAGUGAAGGAAUUUCCAUCCACCAGGCAAGAACUGGCCAAUGCUGACCGAAGCAUCCAAGAAAGGACCACAAAUGUUCCAACCUCUGUGGGCAGCUUAUGUUCUUCUGUAGCUAGAAGUAGUAAAAGCCACCCUGUGAUCUUGCCAAGUCCCUCCUCUGUCUCUUGUAAUGAAGAGGUGGCUUUGAAAGAGAGCGAGCCUCAGUUAAGUGCAAACGUCAAAGCCGGCGACGACUUAUUCCUAACACAAAUGGAUCCAGUGGACAUGGAACUGUGUUCGCAAAUAGAAAAUGGCAGUCACCCUACAGGCAUGGAAAUAAACACACCUGAAAGUACUGAGAUAUGCAAGCACACAGGCUGUACUGAAAAGGUGAAUAAAGCAGGAGAGUACUGCAGAAACCAUUCAGAUUGCGACCCACCGGACCAUGUGUUUGCCAAACCUUUUGCAGCCCCCAGGCUUUCCACAACGAAAAUCUUCAGUUCCAGCAAUUCUUCACGAAGCGCCAACCUCACCAAAGACCUAGAGAACGUCCUGAAGCCUUUGGCACCUUUGAAGAGCAAAUCCUAUCCGUUGAAGCCCCCUGACCCUAAGGUGGGCGGUUUGAAGCUCAAAACUCCGACGUUGAGUAGCAUUUUUCGGCCUCAGAAUUCAAACAACACCCCCCAGUUGCAGAACGUGCCAAACAACCAUAUUGUUCAUAAUGGCAGGGUGCCGACCGCUCCCAGAGCUGCUUCCCGGCAUGAAGCUUGGCCGCCUUUUGCACAAGCAAAUGGCGCAAAUGCCCAGCAGAGGGACCACAAAAUCUUUGUCAAAGAGGUUCUGAGGUGGAGCUAUGACAUGUUUGCAAACUUCAGUCUGUUGGGGCCACCGAAUCAUCUCUCUCAGUCUAUUGUGGCCCCUGCCCCAACCAGGUUUCGGGAUUACGAUGACUACUUCAAUACUUUCUUCCCCUUAAUGAUGCUAAACGCCUUUGAAACGGUGGCGCAAGAGUGGCUAGAGAACCAUAAAUCGAAAGAGCAAAAACCUUGCUGCUUGACUUUGCUGAACUUUAGUGCAGACCAGAGCAAAGCAUAUUUUACAGCUAAGGUUUCAGAAAGUGAUUUGGACAAGCAGCAGCAUCCCAAGGAAGAUGACUUGGUCUUUUUAAUAGUCUCUGGAAAGCGAUCCCUCUAUGACGAGGAGGGCGAGGCAGAGUGCCGUCCAGUGCGCCAUGUUGGCCUCGUGGAUCGGUUUAUUCCUCCACCAGUUCGGGAUAUGAAGAAGAAAGAAGAGCAGGCUGUCUGUCACCUGUAUGUUCAGACACAAGGGAACUUGUCGCGCAUUAAUAAGAGCGUCAAGUGUGUGGUGGUCAGCUCUUUGGUGACGAUGAAGCGAAUGUUCAAGGCCCUCCUGCUGCUGAACCGAAGCCCUCUGGUCAACUCCAUUAUCAGCUCAAGUUACUCCGACUUCUCUCCGGCGAGCUUGAACACGGAUGCCGAGAAUUCUAUCAGCCAUAUCAGUUAUAUGCGAGAAUUUAAUGAAGAUCAAAGGAGAGCCAUUGAGAUAGCGUAUGCUCUGGUGACGCAGCAGCCAUCAUUUCCCAAAGUUUGCUUGAUCUACGGACCACCUGGGACUGGGAAAUCUAAGACUAUUCUUGGGCUUCUUUACUGCAUCCUCAAUGAGAGAUCUGGGCAGGAGAAUCCCGUGCAGAGCAUAAACGCCAAGAACAAGCGGAACCGCGUGCUGGUCUGUGCCCCGUCCAAUGCUGCUGUUGACGACCUGAUGAAAAAACUAAUUCUCAUGUUCAAGGAAAAAUGCCAAGACCGGGAUAAACCUCUGGGAAACUGUGGGGACAUCAACCUGGUGAGGCUGGGGCAAGAAAAAUCGAUCAGCAAGGAUGUCCGGAAAUUCAGUCUGAAUGUCCAGGUUGACCACCGAAUGAAGAGAGCCACCCUUGGCAAGGACCAAGACAUCCACAAGCGGAAAGAAGAGCUGGACCGACAGCUGGACGCGCUUUCUCGCCAGCGCGCGCUACACAGAAGUCAAAGUGGACAGAAGGCGUUAAGGAGCGUGGUUAAUUGGACCGAGAAACAACAGUUAGAUGAGGAAACGUGCAGGCUUGCACAGGAGAGACAGCGGCUCGCUGUCCAACUGAAGGAGGUCCGCAAACGGUCACAGGAGCUGAAAGCCAGCAUCAUCCUGGAGUCUCACGUUAUCUGCUGCACACUGAGCACAAGUGGGAGCACCCUGCUGGAAACCGCUUUCCGGCGGCUGGGCCGCGACCCUUUGAGCUGCGUCAUUGUGGAUGAGGCCGUUCAGUCUUGCGAGGUUGAAACUAUCAUCCCGCUCAUUUAUGGCUGCAAAAAGCUUGUCCUGGUUGGAGACCCCAAGCAGCUCCCUCCCACGGUUAAAUCUGUGAAAGCUGAAGAGAAUGGCUACGGCCAGUCUCUGAUGGGCCGGCUGUGUAAAGACCUGGACAGGCAAAUCCAAGAGAAGCUCAUCGACAGACUUCCCAUCCAGCGCUUGAGGACUCAGUACAGGAUGCACCCUGAGAUCUGCCUCUUCCCUUCCAAUUACAUCUAUGACCAUGCCCUGAAGACUGACAGGUGGACAGAAAAGAACCGGUUUUCUUUGGACUGGCCCUUCCAACCUUACCUCCUCUUCGAUGUGUUGGAUGCCCAAGAAGAACGGGAGAGCGACUCCUUUGUUAAUCUCCAGGAAGUGAAGCUGGUGAUGGAGUUAAUGAAGUUAAUUAGGAGCCGAAGGAGGGACAUUGGCUUCCGCAACAUUGGGAUCAUCACCCCAUACAGCGCACAGAAAAGGAAGGUCCUGAGCCAGCUGGAGAAAGAGUUUGGAGAAAAUAGCGUUGGGGAAGUCGACACAGUGGAUGGAUUCCAGGGCCGCGAGAAGGACUGCAUCAUUGUGACCUGCGUCCGAGCAAACACCACGCAAGGAUCCAUUGGGUUUCUGAAGAGCCUGCAGCGCCUGAACGUCACAAUCACCCGAGCCAGAUACAGCCUCUUCAUCCUUGGGCACCUGCAAACGCUAAUGGAAAAUGAAGAUUGGAACGCGUUGAUUCAGGACGCUCAGAAAAGAGGUGCCAUCAUCCAGACCUCCAAUGCCAAGUAUGCCGGUGUUUCCAGCUAUUCAAGCAGCGCAAAGAACAUCCUGAAGAACAUCUUGAAGCCCAUGCCGGUCCAGCAGAGGCUGGAGAGAGCUGCUCAAGGACAGGCAAACGCCGCCACGGCUGCCACUGAGCGGAAUGACGCUCCUGGGCGACAUCCCCGGCAAGCCUUGGCUGGUGCUGGCGCUCCUGCUCAAGGGAACGGCAGGGUGCGGCCUUUGACGGUAUGUCAGGACUCUUCAUCUUCCUCCUCCGCCUCCCCAAAGCCACCCCUUCCUUCACAGGCUAAAUCUGUCCAAGAGAGACCAAAGGACCCGCGGCUGGCCAGGAGACCAGAGUCAUCCACAAAAGGGACUCCUUGCCAGUUGGGCAGCCUCUCUGCCACGAGUGGUCCGGGGAGGGUGUUGCCACAGAGCCCCAAAUCUACUACAGCACAGAGGCAUUGGAGCAAUGCCACACAGCAGCCGGCGUCUAAGAUGGAAACAUUUAGCAUCCCUGUCCUGAAUUUCCAGGCACAGGGCAGUCCUGCCCAAGGUAGACUCCUCAGCGCCCAAGAUCGUGACUGGAGAGUUCCUGUCUCUCGGGGCAGAGGGGAGCACCCCCAGGGCCCCACAGAGUGGAGCAAAGGAAAGGACUCUCGCUCCAGCUGCAGGAGGGCCUCCAAAGAGUUGCGGGAGAGUCGAAAUCCCGAGGCUAAGCGGCGACGGACAAUGGAGUAGCUCUGCAGUUCCCCCCAUGUGCGCAAGAACCUUUUUUAAAUUGCUGCUUGGAUGUUUUACUCCUCAGCCUUUCCCUGGACUUCAAGGUCUGCUCCUGCCCGUAAGAUAAUGCCUUUUUGGUGAUUUUUUUUAAAUAGAGAGUUAGGCGGAUGCUCCCUGCACAAUAGCCAUGAGCUUCCAGAAGUCACGCACUGUAAAUGUUAGGAGCAAUGUAUAUUUGUACAGCAUAAAGAGGUCUUGUUUUUUAGAGCUGAAACAGGCACGGCUGUGGCCAGAGGUAAACCACGUGCCCCCUUAAGUGUUUCGCCCGUGCCUUGCUACACGUAAACACGCUCACCGUGAGAGUUUGGCUCCGUGGUGUCCCAGGUUAGUGAGCCAGCACACCUGGGCGCAAGCGCUUGAACCUCCUCCUGUUGCCACAACUCUUUUUUCCUGCCCUAAAAUGUAACUUGGCAAGUGUGGCAUUGUUUAUUUCUUUGCCCGCAAUUUGAUCCUUUUUUGAUAUUUGAGAAAUGCUGGUUUCUCUCUUUAAAUAUAUAUAAAAAUAUAUCUUUAGGUGAUAAAAGAACAGUGUGGCAUGUACUUGGUCGGCUUUUCUUGUGUUGCAGCAGGGAACUCAGCAGGUUCUUUCUCUCCCUUCAUAAUUCCAGAGUUCCUCAGGUGCCUUGUGUAAAACAUUGGUGCAGUGGUAGGUGUUUAGCAGAAGGUGUGUCCUGCUGCAUGUUUGCACUUUUAAAAAUGGCUCUUGCCACCGACGCCACCACCACCACCAGAAAAAAAAAAUCUGACCUCCAUGUGUGGGUGAAUGUUUUCCCCCCACCCAUAUCUGGCUAGAAGUGCCUCUGGUUUUGUACAGAUGUCUGCAAGUGUAGCAGGUGAGCAUUGCCUCUUGAGUUGGAUGUGCUGUCCCAUUAGCCAGUAUGCCAGGGCACCUUGGGCAGGUGCAGUGUCUCAUUGUGGCCUUCCCCCACAGCCUGGUACCCCUAAAUCUGGCAGGAGGGGCUUUGCCAGAAGAGGCUGUAAUUGAGCCUCCCCCGACCUACAGCCCUCCAGACAUUUUGGCUUACAACUCCCAUCAGCCCCACCCAGCGCGGUGGCCAUAUGAUGCCGAGGCUGAUGGGAGCACGGCCUUGCUGGCUGGGGCUGAUGGGAGUUGUAAUCCAAAAUGUCUGGAGGGCACCAGGUUGGGGAAGGUUGAUGUAAUAGCUGGUUAAUUCUUGGCUUCCUUCACAUGGAACACGAGAACAACCAAGCAAACAAAAAGGCUAUUUUGCAGUGUUGGAGCAACAUUAGCAUUUUUGGUAAAACUCUCUGCUACUUCUGUGUAGUAACCGAAAUGUAAAUAAAUGAAAGUACAUGCACAUUUUUUAAGGAAAAAACCCCUCAAGCAAUCAAAUACAAGUUGUUUUCACGGUA